AUGGUGAAAACUAGAGGAAGUGGCUCUCAGUCUGUCAAGGAAGUGGCUGGCUCAUUGACUGCAUCUCCAUAUCUCACCAAGAAAAAGGCUCGAAAGAGUACCUUGUCUCAAUCCAGCCUCAUUGACGGUUCCAUCACCACGAGCAAAGUCGUGGUCUUUCCUGACCUAGAAGCCCCCAAAGUACCGUCUGGACCUCCUUCUUCGGCGGCUCCGCUCGCCUCUGUCCCUGGGUCCUCCAAAAGGGGUCAAGCUUCUCCCUCAGAUGUUGUCUCUGAGCAUGACAGUGAUUCAGCCAAAACCCAUUCUGACUCCUCAGAAUCCCCUGAUGUGCUUGCACCCAAGAAGAAAAGCAAAGGAUGGUUCCAGGUCUCAUCUUCUCAAAAAUAUCCUCGGUCCAAAGGGUCUAAUCCUUUGGAUUCCACUCCAAAGGCCUCGUCUCUCGUGGGUUCCACUCCUCGUUUCAAGUUUCGGUCGAAGGUAAAGAAAAUUCCUCCUCCUUGUUCCUCUUCUGAAUCUGAUCCAUCUACAGAUUGUGUUCCCUCUGAUGAUGAUCCCCUUGAAGAAGAUCCCUCUCUUGAUGAAAAUGUUUCCUCAGAAGCCGAGUCUGACCCAUCAGAGGACCCUCCUGUUUCUCCAAAGGGCAAGAAAUCUGUACAAAUUCCUGAGAUUCGCACUAAAGUGUUUGGGGUCAUUAAGAAUAUUGAGGAUCGGGGGUGGUUAGGUUCUUUAACUAGGUUGGAUGGUUUUGUUCCUCGAGUUGUUCAAGAAUUCUAUGCUAAUUUUAAUGAUGAUCUGUUUGAUAGCAAGUCUUUUAUGUUUGGUCAAGUAUAUGUUCGAGGGCAUUGGUAUUUGUUUAGUGCUGCUGAAUUUGCCAAGGUUCUCGAUAUGCCCCAUUCUGUUGACAAUAUUGCUGUGGAAUUCAACAAAGAUACAGUUUUAUCUGAAUUGGUGGGACAGAAUAUGGUUUGGAAACCACACUCGGUACUCAAAGUAACUGAUCUUACUCAUUACUAUGUCGUGCUUCACAAAUUUUCCACCAACAACUGGAUUCCCACCACUCAUACCUCCACCAUUACUUUUGACACGACCUUCUUUUUGUACAAAGUCAGGACUGGUCUCCAAGUUGAUCUUGCCACUCUCAUUUUUGAUCAGAUCACUGCCUUAGGAAAAGCCAAAAAGAAAGGCCAAUAUUUGGUGUUUCCCCACUUGAUCUACAAGUUGCUUGAUUCUCAAAAGUCUCUUCGAUUGGAAUAUGAAAUCGUGACACCUCCCACUGCUGGUGCAGACUACAAACUCAAGAAGGAAUCCUCAUCAGUCAAGGAAACUAAAGGAAUUGCUCUCAAGGCUGGCGAUGCUGAUUCUGUCUUUACUGAACUCACUGGUGUCAAGGUCACUCUGGAAUCUGUUCAGACAAAGGUGUUCAGUCUCAAGAAUUGUCUCUCAAACAUGAUGUCUCAAUUUACUGCAGGACCUUCCAAAUGA